CUCUCCACAGAGCUGAGGAUCCAACCCUUAGUAGGAGGAAGUCGCUGUUAGCAUGAACAGCCUCACCUAGUGGCUGAGAAGCGGAACAGCAACAGAAUGACAUCAUCCUGCGUCUGUCCUCUCAUUGGUUGCAGAAAGGCCAGGGGCGGGACUUCAGGGCACGACUGCAGUGAGUCCUCUAAGCCAAUCAAAAUUCAGUCAUGUGACCUGCUCCUCCUCAACACAAGGGGGCGCCAACUCCUGACUGACAGAGCAUUAAAGAAACAACAUGAACUCAGUGAGGGAGCUCCCUCCUCCUGCCGCCCUGGGCAGAUGCCCAUGUUGUUGAAAUCAGAAACCCCAGCGGUCACUCGCUCUCUCUCUCCCUCUCCGUCUCUCGCCCCCCAGCAUCUGUUCCUGUCAGAUCCAGAUGUUCCCCAGACAUCAGUCACCUUAUUCAAAGCGCUUCAGGAGUUGCUGCCUGACCCAGAUGUCUCCUGUCUCCUGUUCUCCAGCUGCCGUCUCGUCCUCCAUGGCGGGCCUGGAGGCCUUUGCUGACGCCGCCUCCCUGCUGUCUUUGAACUCCAGCGUCUUCUUCAGCGAGACGCCGGCGCCGUCCGCUAGUUACCCGCUGGGCGCUGUGGUCGUCAACGUCGGCGGGAGUCGCUACGUCCUGUCCCAGGAGCUGCUGGCGUCCCACCCGGAGACCCGGCUGGGGAAGCUGGUCCACUGCGGUCGUGACUCUGCGCUGGAGCUCUGCGAUGACGCAGACUUCCUCCAGAAUGAGUUCUUCUUCGACAGAAGCUCCCAAACCUUCCAGUAUGUGAUGAACUUCUACCAGACGGGUCACCUUCAUGUCAUGGAGGAGUUGUGUGAGAUCUCCUUCCUCCAGGAGAUUGAGUACUGGGGCAUCGACGAACUCCGCAUCGACUCCUGCUGCCGGGAACGCUACCACCGCCGCAAAGAGCAGAAAGAGUCCCUGGAUGUCUGCCAGGAGUUUGAGACCGACGAAGAGGAGGAGGACUUUGUAGGUGCGCUCUGUCCAGGCCUGCGCCGGCGUCUCUGGGUCUUUCUGGAGAGACCGGAAUCGUCUCGCGCCGCCCGAACCUUCGGCUCCCUCUCCAUCUUCUUCGUGGUGCUGUCAGUCGUCAACAUGGUGCUGAUCUCUCUGGACCUGGACCAGGACUUCGGCGUGAGCUGGCUUGGCGCCGGCGGGCCGCAGCUGCUUGACGCCGUGGAGUACGUGUGCGUCCUGUGGUUCACAGGCGAGCUGGUGCUGCGCUUCACCUGCGUCCGGGACAAGUGCCGGUUCAGUCGAAGCAUCCCCAACGUGAUCGACCUGCUGGCCAUCCUGCCCUUCUAUGUGACGCUGGCAGUGGAGAGCCUCCACGGCGGCUCCACCGAGCUGGAGAACGUGGGCCGGGUGGUCCAGGUGCUGCGCCUCCUCAGGACCCUGCGCAUGCUGAAGCUGGGUCGACACUCCACAGGCCUGCGGUCUCUGGGAAUGACCAUCGCUCAGUGUUACGAGGAAGUCGGCCUGUUGCUCCUCUUCCUCGGUGUAGGAAUCUCCAUCUUCGCCGCGCUGGUGUUCGCCCUGGAACACGACCUCCCGGCCUCCACCUUCACCAGCGUGCCGGCCGCCUGGUGGUGGGCAACCACCUCCAUGACCACGGUGGGCUACGGCGACGUGCGGCCCGACACGGCGGCGGGGAAGACGCUGGCCUUCCUCUGCAUCCUGUCCGGUAUCCUGAUCCUGGCGCUGCCCAUCGCCAUCAUCAACGACCGCUUCUCCGCCUGCUACUUCACCCUGAAGGUCCGGGAGGCCGCGCUGCGCCACGCCGACGCGCUCAGGAGGCUGAGCCUCGGCUCGCCGGGGGGCGGGGCCUACCCUGCCGGGGGUGGAGCCAACCUGAGGGACGCCUACGCCCGCAGCAUCCUGGAUAUGCUGCGGCUGCAUCGCCGAGAGCGGGCGAGCACACACAGCAGCGGGGGCGAUGAGCUGUGGGGCAAAUAAUCUGAUGGAUUAAAUAAUCUGCUGGGGUAAAUAAGAUGCAGGGGUAAAUAGGGUGCUGGGGGUAAAUAAGUUGCUGGGGUAAAUAAUCUGCUGGGGGGUAAAUAAUCUGAUGGAUUAAAUAAUCUGCUGGGGUAAAUAAGAUGCAGGGGUAAAGGUUCUGGCCCGGCUGGCAGAAACAGAAGCUGGAGGUAAACAGGUUGUCAGUGGGAGACCGGAUCCAGAUCCCGGUUCUGUUCCCUCCGGCACCGUGGAUCGGAUGAGGCGGGAGCAGGAGUAGAAUCGGGCCGGGCUCAGAGCGGUUCUGAAACAGAAAGAGUUUCCAGCCAAUCAGGACGGAAAAAAUCCAAGUCCUGCUGAAGGGAAAUGGACCUGCUGGAGAACCGGGUCAGCAGGCGUUUCUACUCAGUAGGACCUGGUUCUGUCCAAUCUGGUCGUAUUCGGUUCGGUCCAGGAACCAGGAACAGAACUUUACUGGGUCGUACCGGAGUCCACGCAGCGGUGUGAUGCAGAAAUAAUAAGAUAAGAAUAAAAAGAUUUUUACAGAAACAAACAAAAAGUAAAAGAAUAAAAAAAUAAAAUUGUGUUUUUCCAGAUUGUAAAGAGAACCAGAACCAUUUUGGCCCAAUAAACCGUGGAACCAAAUCAAUCUGGUUUUUUCUCUGACAUACAGAACACCCAAGCGGAACCUUUAUUUUCUUGUGUUUCUGGUACGACCGUAAAGCUGACGCACGGCUACAUCUGCUAGCAGCAGUGAUUAAGCUGCUGCUCUUCGUUCAUUUAUAUUUCCAAACAUUCUGCUGCUGGAAAACAUGCUAGCAGAAUGCUAAAAGCAGUUAGCCGCAGCGAUACAUGUAGCAGCUGGCGCUAAUGUCGGGCACAGCGGCAGCAGAGGGAACCGGGUCAGAACACGUUGGACCGGUCAGCUGUUGUAAGAGUUCCCCGUCUAAAUGGAAGAUUAUUUAAUUAUUUUGUAACUAUUGCAGAAUGAGUCUAUUAACAGCCUGUACGAAUAAAUACUAUAAAGGUUUGAAUGAAAUGAAUUAAAAACAACAAUCGGAUUCGUCAGCUUUAGAUAGCAGAUGGGAAGAGACGCCAUGUUGAAUAAAUCAGCUGUCCAGUAGACAUCUUGAAUAGUUUCUCCUGCAGUCCUUCAUAAUAAACACAAACCAAAUCUGAAACAGUUUCUGAAAUAAAACAAAAUGAUGUUUCAAUAAUUAAAAAUGUCCAACAAAAAGUCUGCAGUUUUGCACUCAAAAUGUUUUUAUCCAGGCACACAAAAAAUAACGGCAGCGCUCUGCUGCUUUGGGUUCUAAAAAAUCGUAACAAGUUUUUCCAACUGAAUUCCCACCAAUAGUUUGAGGAGGUUGAAGCCGUGGAUUCACAUAUUGUCCUGCUGUUCUUGUGGUAUUUCAGUAUUCGACUCUUCCUCCCAUUUUUUCCUAACAAUCUGUUGACCUUCCUCUGGAUCCCAACAACCCCUGAUAAAGUUUGGAAAUGGUGAUCUUGCCAGGCCUGGAGUAAGAUUGUGAAACCAACUGAAUUAUUUCGUUAGACUCUGAGAUACAGUCUUUUAAUAUGUUUAAAAAAAUACUGUCUGAAUUGUAAAUAUCUAAAGAAGUCCCCUUUUUCUAAAUCAUAUUUUUGUUGUCGUGAGUGGAAACUUGGUAGUGUGUUUUUGUCCAGUAUCCUGCAAUAAGCAGUUGUUCCUUUCUGUGACCAGUUUUUAAAACUGGAGUCUAAUUGUUUAGGGGUGAAAUCUGAGUCAAAGGCGGCACAUCUGAGAAUUCAUAUUUGGUUAUCCAAGUUUAAUUCCUUAACCACUUCAAACCAGGUCAAAAGGGUAAAUGUCACCAGGGGAUGUAAUUUUUUCCGGCAUGCUGCCAAGUUUCUGAUCCCCAAUCUGAGUUUUUAUCGGAAUGUUUCCAAACUUGGUUUCUAAUUCUUUCCAUCCAGCGUCAUAUGGACGGUCACUCCACUGUUUUGAGUUGAGCUGCAAGGUAAUAAUCAUGAAGAUUUGGGAGUGAUAAUCCCCCUUUUUCUUUCCUAAUUGUAAGAGUACUGUAUCUAAUUCUGGGUUUCUGUCCCUUCCAAAUAAAACAAAAUAUCAAUUUGUCCCACUCACAAAACUGAGAAUGAGGGGUUUUAAUAAAAAGGUAUAAUAACCUAGGUUAUUAGGUCACAUCUUAAUUACCUCAAUUCUUGAAUUAAAAUUAGGUGUAGAUCUCGACCACUGUGUGAGGUCUUGUUUAAUUAUCCUAUUUGCAGUUUUAAAGUAUUCCCAGCUGACACAAUCAAAAGAUCAUCAUUACUGCUGUAUGUUUGUUCAUCUGAAUAUUCUGGAUUAUGUGAACUGAGUGUCUUAUUUUAUCCUGAGUUUGUUGGUCAGAGACAAACCCGGUUUGGUUCCCGUCAAUCAGGUCCAGGACAAACGUAUUCAACCUAUUGGACAAGAUAGAUACAUAUAUAUCGGUCUAUAUGAAAUACAUAAUAUUUUGUUUUUUCCUUCUUUUGGUAUUACUGUUAGAAUUUCUUCAGACCAGGAUGUGUCCAAUUUAAUGAUUUUAAUAAUACGGGGGAAAGUUCUUCUUCAAAUAUCUUAUACCAUUCGCCUGGGAGACCGUCAGUGAUUUAUUACUUUUUAAUUUUUUUAUUUCCAUUAUCAGUUCGUUUCCAGCGAUGUGCUCAGUUAAACUUUUGUUCUGACAUUCUCCAAUUGUUGGCAGGUCCAGUGAAUUGAGAAAUGUUUUAACAUCUUCUAAUUUGCUUAGUUCUUGUUUUGCGUACAAUUCUUUAUAAUAUGUUUGAAAAGUUUUGUCCAUAUCAUCCAAACUGUUUUCUAUUAUUCCUGUCUGGAUCAAUCAUGGAACAAAUUGGUGCAUCUUUUGUUUUUUGUGAAUUCUUCUUGCAAGUAGUUUUGUUGCCUUUGGUCCGGCUUCAUAAAAUGAUUAUUUUAGAAAUUUAUAUAUUUUUUCUUCCUCUCUUUUAUGUAUAACCAAAAUUUUACUCCUUGUGUUUUGGAUUUGUGCUUUGAUAUAAUCAAGUUGAUUUUUGAAUUCAUUUAAUUUUUUCUUCUCUUUCUUAAUAACUGUACUUAUGAUAUAAACUUCCCUCUUAUAACUGCCUACAAUGUGUCCCAUAAAAUAUUAGGCUGACCUCCCCGUUGUCAUUUAAUUCUAGAAAUUUUUUUAUUUCUGUUUAUAUUUCUUUUACAACAUUUUUAUUAUUUAGGAAGCUUGUAUUUAGUCUCCAUCUGUUUUUUUUUGGUCUUGUAUCCAGGUUAAGUGUUACGUUUACUGGUGAAUGAUCUGACAUGUUUCUAGUGCUGAUAUCAGCUUUUUAGUCUCUGUCUAUCUUAAACACCAAGAAAAGAUUUAUUCUUGAAAAAACUGAGUGGGGAGAAAAAUGGGUGAAAUCUAUUUGUGUUGGGUGAAUCUCCUGCCAAUAUCAUCAAUUAUCUCUUUAGUAAUUUACUUUGUGGUGUUCUUAUUCUUUUGUUGUUAGAUGUGUCACUUUUUUUCAGGACUGUGUUAAAAUCACCUGCACAAAUCAAAACACCUCGUGAUUCUGAUGAGAGAACUUCCAGCACUUUUUUCAAAAAAUGAAGGUUGUAAUUUGGGGGCAUAUAGAUAGAGGAGGGUAACCAAACUGCCUUCAAUGUUACCUGAACCAGUAAAUCAUUUUACCUGAACCAGUAAAUUAUUUUACCUGAACCAGUAAAUUAUUUUACCUGAACCAGUAAAUUAUUUUACCUGAACCAGUAAAUUAUUUUACCUGAACCAGUAAAUCAUUUUACCUGAACCAGUAAAUUAUUUUACCUGAACCAGUAAAUAAUAAUAAAACAAUAAAAAAACAAUAAAACCUUAAAAACAAACAAACUGCGACUCCUCUUUUAUGAAGUGUAGAAAACAUCCCUAAAUCCAAAUUUCUGUAGUUUCUGAUGCUCUUUUGGGGAUAAAUGAGUUUCUUGAAGAAAUAGUAACUGAAUUUUCUCCCUUUUCAUCUGAGACAUUAUUACUCUGCUCUUCUUAACAUCCAUGAUGCUGCUCUAAUAUCACCAUUAAUCAUACCUGUAUGCUAGUUUUUACAUGUCGACAGUUUGAACACAAAAAACAGAAAUUUAAAGAACAUAACACAACCAGGAUGACUUCCAUCCUCAGGGCUUCACUAAACAUCCUACAAACUUCUUUCUUCCUUUGUAGGAGGAACAGUCCUGUUCUAACUUCACCUUUGAGUUUCAGACUCAUUUCUCCAUUAUUCCUGAUCAGAAUAAUUUUAUUACAUGUGAGAAGGGGAGGCGGGUGUAAGGACUAGAGAAAUAAUCCAGAUCUUCUAUAAUAUACUAUUUUUACUUACAUAGGAGUAGAGGAUCUACAUCAGGAAGGCUAUUCUAUACUUGCUCUCGACUCUCCACACGUUUGGAAAGUGAGGUUCCCACUUUAUUGGAUAUCCGCCGGUUCUUCAUUUGCAUGUCGACUCGGUAUCCGCUCUUCCUCAUGUCCUCCGCUGCGUGUCAAACGCUGGUUUACAGGUGUGGUCCGUCGUCCCAGUGAAUCCUCAUCUUAGCUGGAUCAGGUGUUUGGAACCGUAUUUUCCCUCUUUGAGAAUCUUCUUGAUGUUUUUGUAUUUCUUAAGCUUAUUAUUUAUCUCGGUCGGUAAAUCGAGCGCAAAUGAGAUCAGUUUGCCAUCAUAAAAUAUCUUCUUUCCCCACGCUGCUUUAAGGAUUUUCUCUUUUAUGUCGUAUCUGUGAAAGUUGAUGAGUAUGGAGCUUUAAAUUGAUGCAUCUCGAGGUUUAGGUCCUAGUGAACGAUGUGCUCAUUGAAUCUGAAAAUCUAGCUGCUCUUUCAGAAAGUUUUCAAUGAACGUCUGCACGGCGUUUCCUUCAGCUUCUUGUUUAAUGCCGUAAAUACGGACAUUAUUGCGUCGGGAUCUUCAUGCUAAGUCAGUAACUUUGUCCAGGAGAGUUUUCUGCUGUUUGAGGCAGUAAGAUAGAGAAUCUCUCAGAUCCAUAUUCACCGUCUCCAGCUGUUCACCCGUCGUUCCGGUUCCGUUAGCCUAGCAGCUUGAUUUCUAAUGUCCGAACUGACCUCCUCCAGAUUCUUGUUCAUUUCUCUCUUCAAGCUGUUCAUGUCUUGCUUCAUGUCGUUUUCAUAGCAAUGAUGUCAUUUUGCAUUUCUUUGAUAUUGUUGCAUAGAUUCUGGAUAGCUUUAGCAGCUGUUAGCUCGCUCUCUUGCUUCCAACGGUUUUUAGAUCAGUUCCGGCCCGGCCGUGGUCUUCUGCACCCCGGUCUCUUUUUCGAUCUAACUCCACGCAUUAUAUAACAUUUUGAAAAAUAACUGAAUCUUUUUAUCGAGUUUAGUGGAGUUUUCUUUGUCUGGUCAGGACAGGUUACGGAUUCAACCCGCCAUCUUGGAAACGCUCCCGGAAGUCCCCCCGCACCGUAUUUUUAAUCAUUUUUUUCCUUUCCGAACUCCGCUGCUGCCGCAGCUUCGUACUCGCCACCAUCACUCAUCAGUCUCAGUUUGGCCACCAGCCCAACUAAAAACACCUGGGCUGGCUGAGCCCCGCCCCCACCGGUGAACCUCAAAGGUGCCAACAAUAAAACAAAAAUAAACAACCCGGAGGCGGAAGCAAAGUGUGAGCACGUAACAGUGAGUCACUGAACGUAUUACAAAGGAAAACGUCUGCUAAGACUAAACAGAAGGGAGCACAUACUGAUGGCUCCGUUAGCAUCGAGAACCGCUAAUGGAAGGGUGUCAUGAUUUUACUGAACAAGAUGAAAGUUUCCCUCCUCUACCGCUCAGCCCUCGGGACUCUCCUGCUCCAAAAAAAGAGAGAAAAUCUGAGAAGCUAAAUGGUGACAUCAUAGAAACGCUUUCCGCUUAUCAAGGAGAGAGCUGAUGGUCUGGAAUUAAAGUUGGGGAACCGGAUUGAGACACUGGAGAAAAAAUCCACACCAGCAUGAUUGAAGUUAAAGAGUUGAAAGAGAAUAUUGACCAAUUCAGAAAGAACCUUUCAGUACCAGUCAUCUCAUGAACCGAGGUGCUGAAAUGGAGGCUUAUUCCAGGCGCUGGAACCUGGAGCUUUGUGGACACAGCAAGAGAGAUUUAACGAAGAUGCUAUCAAAAUCUGCCAGGCUACAAUUCUCCACGAACAGAAAACGCUGCUGUCCUUCAUAGAUGUGGCCCCCCGCCUGGAGCGCAGCGCUCCUAGACCCAUCAUCAUCUGGUUCCUGUCCCACCGGCUGCGUGUUGCUGUCUGGAAAGCGGAAACAAUAAAUAAAUAAAAAAAUCACAAUUUCUGCACAAGCUCUGCUUCACCGAAGAUCUCUGCAAGUCCGACCGCAAGAAAAGACAAAUUCUGUGGCCUUUGGUGGCUGAUGCUAGAAAGAAUGAAAAAAGCCUAGAGGGUGGGAGGCCGUGACCUCUGACCCCUCCAGGAUGCAACGGUGAGAUGACAGGUUCAUAAUUAGGGCUGAAGCGAUUCCUCGAAUGAUUCCAGUUCCUUGAUUAUUAAAAUUCCUUGAGGAAAAUGUAUCUGCCUCGAAGCUGUUAAAUUCAGUUUUAUUAUUUAGCCACCGUGUUCCGGCCGGGUCAUUACUUGUGUUGUGCAGAACUCUGACUUCCACCUCUGAAUUGUUGACGAAAGCUAAGUGUUAGCAUCAUAACGUCCCAUGUUCAAGUUGGGCCUGGGAGGAUUUUAUUGAUUGAUGAUAAUGUCCAGGUUUUCAUCUUGUGGGCUCAAUGUUGGCGUGCAUGACGUAACCGAGAGAAUCCGGUUAAAGGAUUUUCAAAAUAGAAGAACCUCCAUUACAUAAAACGGAAAUAUUUAAUUGUUUAUUGUGCGGCCCGGUACCGGUCCGCGGCCCGGGGGUUGGGGAGGACAGAUUUAGAUAAUUAACGAAAAUGUAGCUUUACGGACAAACCAGAAAAUGUAUUUCAUAUCACCCCGGUCUCAAAUGUGUUUUUUAAUGAAGCCACAAAUGUUUAGGACCUUAGUGAAUAUUUUGAUAAGUGUGUCAGAAGAGGAAGUUCUGGUUUCAGCGUCCUGGCGGCGUUCAUUUUGUCAAAGCUGCUAGCUCUGCUAGGCUCUGCUAGCUCUGCUAGGCUCUGCUAGCUCUGCUAGGCUCUG